GUUCAACACGAGCCCAAUUGUGUGUGACACAGAAGACAAGAAAACUUUUCAAACGCUGAGAAAACAAACUAACGCUACUUGUUGACUGUGUGUGGAGGGGCGAGUGAAGAGGUAGAAAAUGUCUGAGCUGAGUGACGAAGCCAGUGAGUCAGAGCAACUGGGUGCCAGUCUUUCUCUGUGGCUGGGUGACUCUCUGGUGCGACCUGAGGAGCUGGAUGUCCCCCUGGACCUCCACACCGCCUGCUCCAUCGGACAGUACGACGUGGUGGCAGAGUGCAUCAAAAAACGGGAGGUGGACCUGAAUGGCAAGAACAUUGGAGGAUGGACCCCACUGAUGUAUGCAUCUUACAUCGGCCAUGAUAACAUUGCAAACCUCCUGCUGGAGGCCGGUGUGAAUGUAAAUGCUGCCACCGCCAAAGGAUUGACCCCCCUGAUGCUGGCAGCAAGCUGUGGGAAUGAAAGUAUUGCAUACUUUCUGCUUCAGCAAGGUGCUGAGUUGGAGCUGAAGGACUCUCGAGGUUGGACUGCUCUGUUCCACUGCACGAGCACAGGCCACCAGCAGAUGGUGAAGUUCCUACUGGACAACAAUGCCGAUGCUAAUAUCAAGGAACCAGGGUCUGGCUUCACUCCCCUGAUGGAGGCUGCUGCUUCUGGUCAUGAAAUCAUUGUUCAGAACCUGCUUGAUCAUAAAGUUAAAAUGGAUGAUCGCAACGCUAAAGGAGAGACUGCCCGUGCCCUCGCCAUGAUGUACGGCUACACCAAGAUCGUCAGUCUCAUUGACUCACGCUCUCCAAGGAUCAAACCAGGACAUUUUGAAGACCUGAGCUCCUCUGAAGACUCGGACAGCGCUCCCCCGAGGAUAAGGCCGAGUCGAAACCGAGCUAAAGGCAUUAGCAUCCAUGAUGGGCCCCAGGCCAUCGCCAAGUUCCGAGUAGGAGGCACCAGCAAACUGUGUGAGCCGCCUGCAGCUCCGCCAGGCUACAUGACGUUUCGUGAUAUUGGUGAACAGAGUGAGGGCAUCUGCUACCGUGAUGUGACCUCACCCAUCAAUGAGCUGGACGGCCAGAGCAACAGCAGCAGAGAUGACAGUCCAUUCUUUGACAAUGACAUGCCCACCAUGAGGAGCAGCAGCAGCAGCAGCGAAGGCCUUCCUCAUGUGAUUGGCCUCAACUGGGAAGGCUCCGUGGAGAGUAACGAGGACUCUGACCAGUGCAAAAAGAACGUCUCUCGCAGAGUCAACAAGGGCCAUCACUCAAAAGGCAAGGGUCGCCAUGGAAUCAACGAUGCAGCUCACUCCAGUGGCACAGUGAACUGUGGGAUGCGGGCACAUGUUGGUCUUCCACCCUCCUACACUGGCCCAAAGGAUCUGGCAGAGUUCUUGGAACAAAUUGGCUUCUCAAAGUAUCUCCCCUUACUUGAGGAACAAGACAUUGACCUGCGGAUAUUUCUCACCCUGACUGAAAAUGAUCUCAAAGAAAUAGGAAUCACAUUAUUCGGACCCAAGCGUAAGAUGACCUCGGCUAUUGCAAGGUGGCACAGCAGUGCUCGACCUCCCAGCAAUGCUCUGGAACAGGCUUACGCUGACCAGCUAGAGGCUGAGAUGCAGGAGAUGGCCAUUCAGCUACACAAGCGCUGUGAGGAGGUGGAGAGCCUGCAGAGCCAGGUGUCACAGGAGAAGGAGCUGCGUACCGUGAUGGAGGGAUGUCUGAUGGAGGACAAGAUGGCAUGGAGGAGGGUCCAUGCUGAGCUCGUGGAGAACCACCGACUGGCUCAGGACAUGAGUGCCUUAAUGACUGAGUCAAGGGCUUGCUGUGCUGAACUGCUCUCCUGUUUUUCUACUGAUGGGAACAGCAGCUCUUAUACUGCCGAAGAAGAUAAAACAAAAGCUGACACUGGUGUCAAAGCUGGGGAUGACCUGACACGCUCCAGUGUUGUAGAGCUAAUAAAUAAGCUGGAUUCCCAUGAAGAAAAACUGGCAGAGAACCUGCAAACUGUGCUUCAGAGUCUGAGGCGACUGAGUGCCUCUGAAAAAGUCUCAGAUAGCUGGGAGCGACCUUAACCUUUACAGAGGCUCUUGCAAAUAUUUGACGGAGGGUGAACUAACCACCCUGAACAAUCUCACUGAAAUGGGAGAAGGCCAAAGACGAGGCCGGCCCUGCCGGACCGGAACGGCUCGGGCAGCGAAGCAGCUGACCUGCGGCUCCUCUGGGAUUGGCUGAUGGCCCAGAGCUCGCCAGAUGUGGACAAGGCCAAGGGCAACGGCAGCUACUGCAGGGAAAUGACAAACAGGCAUGAAGGGUACCUGGCCCUCACACGCUUGUGCUGGUGUUAAGUGGACUCCUGUAGUUGGGUUGUGCAAAAUGCACCUAAAGGAGGAGGGACUGAUCGUGGAUCAGAAGCUAUAAUACUGUGAAAUGUUUCUUAAAAACUGUACUCUCUUCCUGUAUGAAAUGUGGCUUAAACUAUGUUCAUGCCGCCAGCCGAAGAGGUACAUUUCUUAAAAGUAAUUGUAGUUAAAAGAAGUCUUGCUUUAUUUGAAUGAACUCUUAUUUGUAUGCUGUUAGGUGUUAAUAAUGUCCUGCUGAAUGCAUUUUUAAGAGCUUAAGAUGAAGGAAAUGUGUGAAACCGUCAGUUAAUCAUUUACAACUAUAUGUUACACCAGGGAGCGUCUUUUCAAUCCAUUGUACUGUAAUGUUGUGGACAUUUAUAUAUGUAGAUGCAGAGAUAUGAAUAAUAUUUCAGAAUUACAUUUUUAGCUUUUUCAAAGCAAAAAAUAAAAUACCCGACAGUCCAGUUGGAUUUCACUCAGUGGUGCAAUGAACUGGUGAUCAUUCAGUGGAUUCUCUGCGCAGCUUCUUAAACGCAAUUUGUUUUAUCCUGAAAUCUUGCCAAAUCCUUGAAAUGCAAGAUUAUGUGGACAUUAAUUAAAAUCUUGUUGCCUUAAAGUUGAGGGUGUAUACUUAAA